UUAAUUGUUGUGUCAAUCAUAAAUUAUAAAAUUUUGUACACCAAUUAGAAGUAAAAUUUUCCAUUAAAGUGUUAGAUGAGGCUAACCUCCAAGGCUCUAACCGGUACCAUAAAGAAGAAGGUUAAAAGCUUAAUAGAGAACAGAAUCAGUUUUUUUCCUUUCCACAUCAACAGAACCAUAUCUGACAAUCUUCCUGUUUUUGUAAAGUACAGUAACAAUGCUAACUUGGCAUUUACACAUGUUCGAAAAACAAAAGGAAACAAAUAUAUUUUAAGAGAGGAACUUCAACAAAUAGUAGGAAAAUCUCCAAUUAAAGUUGAUAAAAAUACUUUCAUAAUUCAAGGGAAUCACAAGCAUAAAAUUAAGGAGUACCUGAAGGGGAUCGGAUUUUAA